GAGGAGCGCCAGAGGCCCAAGCGGAUGGGCUCGUUGAGGACUUGCAGAAGAGGAUAGACAAGUUCUCUGAUGAACUGGAUGAAAUGGCCGAUCAUUACAACCCGAUCACCUACACAUCGCCUGCCGGGGUGGUCUUCGAGUUCCCAAACCCUAUCGACUACGUGAUAGGAAGCGGUCAAGGCGCAAAGUCUGACUUGUGGAAAGAUCGAGAGAAUUCCAUUUACAACACUGCUAUUCGGGCCGAUCCUGCUGGAGCAUUUAAGAAGCAGGUGGACAAAGCAUCCGACAUUUGGAAGCAGAUGUCGGCUUCCAUCGAGCCUAAGUUGGAAACUACAAAGCCCAAGAUUCAGGAUGUCCGUUCGGCGGUGCUCUUGCGGAAGACACCACUUCUGGAGACGAUGACAACCGCUGCUGGUAUUCUACAAGGCGAUGGACAGGAGGCUUUUGACCGAGAGUCCUUGACGCAACAGCAAGAUGCCUUGGAUCAAGCCCUGAGCAAAGUGGUGGGCUACGCUGAAGCACGCCAGGUGGAUGGGGUGCGGCAGUCUUACUAUGAAGCCAAAGACAUCUUCACAAGCUGGACUGUGUCGCGUGUGGGCCGAUAG